UAGCUAUGAAUCAUCGUGUAAAAACUCGCGCAUUCAGUUCUUUUCUCCGCGGACGGUUCGACGCGGCUAGGACUAAGCAACAGCCAUCAGACUGCUGUUCGGGUACCGGGGGAGCUAGUCUUCAGUGGUAAUCCAGUUUGAACAGUCGCGCGUCCUCCCGCCCGCUAUUAGAUGCGAAAGGAAGGCAAUCGAGAGGAAAAAAAAGUGGUUCAGACAAGUUUUUGUGUGCCCUCCUGUUAAUCAACAGUGAUAAUAUUGGUCGUGUACCAGAAGAAAACUAAGAGAACAAAGUUUAAUCUCGAAGACCGAAUUGGAUUGGGCGGUCGCGCGGUCAUUAGUCGUUUGGGGAGUGUUUGGAUGAAAACUAAGCGACAGAAAACAGUGGAACUCCUUUGUUUGGUGUUGGAUACAGCGCUAAUUUGAAUAACAAUUAGCUGGGCGAAACGGGCGAAAGAAAGAGGAACCUGAGCUGAGGUAGUUGGAGAUGGAUCGACUCCCACAACCUGCCGACCCUUCCAGCGGGGAUACCGAGUUUACAGUGCCUGGCAGAUUCCAGAACCUGUUUCCAAUUGGGAUCGGUGCUCAAGGUGCAGUGUGUGCAGCGAUGGACACAGUGACCGGGAGGCCGGUUGCAAUCAAGAAACUCUCCCGACCAUUCCAAGACGUAACGCAUGCUAAGCGAGCCUACCGCGAGAUAAAACUGAUGCGCUUAGUCGAUCACCCAUUUAUCAUCAAAUUACUCCACGCGUAUACCCCGCAAACGACGUUGCGAACGUUCUGCGACAUAUACCUGUUCACCGAACGCAUGGACACCAACCUCAGCGUCGUGAUUGGCAACCGGUUGGACCACGAGAGGCUAUCCUUUCUGGUAUACCAAAUGCUAUGUGGAAUAAAGUACCUUCACUCGGCUGGGAUAAUCCACCGUGACCUAAAACCUACCAACAUUGUAGUGCGGGCGGAUUGUUCCCUGAAAAUACUGGACUUUGGUUUAGCUCGAAGCGUAGGAACCAACUUUAUGAUGACUCAGUAUGUAGUUACGCGGCACUACCGAGCUCCGGAAGUCAUUCUAAGCUUGGACUACGGUACCAAUGUGGACAUUUGGGCGAUAGGUUGUAUACUGGCGGAACUAAUCACCGGGCAGGUGUUGUUUCCAGGAACCGAUCACGUCGAUCAGUGGAACCGAAUCAUCACUACCCUGGGAACGCCAACGGCAGAGUUCAUUGCACGAAGUAGUCAAUCGGCCCGGAGAUAUAUCGAAACACUGCCCGUUUAUCCGAAACCUCAGUUCGAUCAGCUGUUCCCGGAUUCCGCGUUUCUAGCCGUGGAAGGCUCCGGAACAGCUGGUUUGAACAAUCACAACGCUCGAGACAUGCUCCAGCGGAUGUUGGCAAUCGAUCCGCUGGAGCGAAUAUCCGUUCAGGACGCGCUUGCUCAUCCCUACGUUAAUGUUUGGUUCCACGAAGACGAAGUAAACCGGCCAGCCCCGGUUCCGUACGAUCACGCUUUGGACGAACAGGAGCUGACGAUUGAUCAAUGGAAGGCGUUACUUUUUCAAGAGAUCCAGGAGAUCCAAAAUUUAACGCUAGGGACCGGUACCGAGAACUGACGGAAAAGGGGCGUUGGUUAAUUGACCCAACAAGAUGUACGUAAAUUGGGACCUAAGUAGGAUGUAUUCUCCUGUCAAUUGAGUCUAUUUUUAAAGUUUUGUUGUGCUUUAUCUCAAGUUUAUAUAUUUUUUAUUCAUGAUUUUUAAGUAUUUGCUGCCAAUAAGACAGUUGUUAGCUAAGUAGGAUAAAUGUUAUACACCUAAAGUCUUUCGAAAUGUGCAAUACAAACUCGCAAAGCCAACGGUGCUUAAUUUGUACUGUGCUAGUUAUGAUCACGAUUCGUACAAAUUUAGAAACUUAAAAGUUCAAAUUAUCCAAAUUAAAAAUGUUUAUUUUGAAUGUCGUACGUAUUCCUUUGAG